GAGCGGGAAAGUAUAAGGAUGGCUGAGUCUACGUCCAGACGCAAGGAAGGAGAGCAGUGGGAUUCCUUUGUUUGCACAGCAUUACCCCACAGGUGAAGACGCUCGAACUCAGUGCUAUAAACAACUAGCAGACGGCUGUCCCUUGACCUUACGUUGCUUGCGAACCCUCGCUCUCGUUGGUAACAAUGUUUCUAACAUCACUUCUCUUGACGCCUUAUACCAUACUCCUUCUGCCGGUUCUCUUCUAUCUUCUCCCAUACCUUCGGAACUGGCAGAUCCGCGACAUACCGGCGCCAUUCCCGGCCGCUUGGACUAAUCUCUGGCUGCUUUACCAGUGCCGCCGCGGGAAGCGCUUCCUUGCCGUUCACGAAGCACACAAAAAGCUUGGAAAGCUCGUUCGCAUUCAGCCUCACCAUGUCAGCAUUGCUGAUGCAGACGCCAUUACCCAAGUCUACGGCCAUGGCAACGGCUUCUUGAAGAGCGACUACUACGACGCUUUCGUAUCGAUUAAGAGAGGGCUGUUCAACACUCGGGAUCGUGCUGAGCACACCAGGAAGAGGAAGACGGUCGCCCACACCUUUUCUGCCAAAAGUGUGCUGCAGUUCGAACAGUACAUUCACCACAACUUGCAGGAAUUGCAGAAUCAGUGGGAUCGCCGAGCUGAUGGUGCCAAGAACAACGGAGGAUGGUAUAACAUGGAUGCGCUGAACUGGUUCAACUACCUCGCCUUUGAUGUCAUUGGUGACUUGGCUUUUGGAGAGCCUUUCGGCAUGCUGAAGAAGGGAAAAGAUGAGGCUGAGGUCGCCAGGAAUGGAAAGAUUACAUAUGCACCGGCUAUCGAGGUGUUGAACCGAAGGGGAGAGGUCAGCGGAACUGUCGGAAUCUUUCCUGCCAUCAAGCCCUAUGCAAAGUACUUCCCGGACCCAUUCUUCAGCCAAGGCAUGAAGGCCAUCGAGAAUCUUGCUGGUAUCGCCAUCGCUCGUGUCAACGCUCGUCUUGAAAAGCCGUCCGACCGUGUGGACCUACUCGCCCGCUUGAUGGAGGGCCGCGACGAAACUGGCAACAAACUCGGUCGUGAAGAGCUUACAGCAGAAGCCCUUACUCAACUAAUUGCCGGCUCAGACACUACUUCCAACACCUCGUGCGCCCUCCUCUACCACUGCCUCAAACACCCUGAAGUUGUCAAAAAGCUACAGAAAGAGUUGGACACUGCGCUUCCAGACCCAGAUGCCGUCCCCUCCUAUGCUCAAGUCAAGGACCUUCCAUACUUGGACGCUGUGAUUAAAGAGGCGAUGCGCAUCCACAGCACAUCGUCUCUCGGACUUCCGCGCCUCAUCCCUCCUGGUCCUGGCAUCACGAUUCUCGGUCACCACUUCCCUCAAGGCACCGUUCUCUCCGUGCCAGCCUAUACGAUCCACCACUCCACCGAGAUCUGGGGUCCCGACGCAGACACGUUCCGUCCCGAACGCUGGGAGAACAUCACAGAGAAGCAAAAGGCGGCGUUCAUUCCAUUCAGCUAUGGUCCACGGGCUUGCGUGGGCCGAAACGUCGCUGAGAUGGAGCUGGCAUUGAUCGUUGCGACGGUGUUUAGGCGGUAUGAGUUUGAGCUUAGGCAGGAGGAGAUGGAGACUAGAGAGGGUUUCUUGAGGAAGCCGGUGGGGUUGGAGGUGGGAAUGCGGAAGAGGGUGUUCACGUGAUUCUUGGGGUUGGAAAGGAAAUCUGUUUCAAUAUAGGUAUGAUAUUUUGAUAUUGCUCGUACGGGGUUUUUCGCUGUACGGACAUAGUGAUAUGAUUUGGCCUAAGAUGUAUUCGUGAUGAUGUGAGAUCUAUAAUCGUUACUAGAAGUCUUGACUAUUAAGCUGAGAGCGUUGAAGUGAAAAUGGUAUACAUAUUGAG